AUGCGCAUUUCAUGGCGUCUCGGCUCUGGGUACGUCGAGUCAGUGGAUGACUAUAUCGGCGUCUUGGUACCACUGGAGGAAGCUCAUCUUUACAGCCAAGCGGCUAAAGCGAAGGGCGUCGGUCAUGGGGAAACGCGGGAGGAGGGUGAGAUGGAUGAUUUGGAGAUGAAAGAAGAACGCGAGGGCAUGCUGGGAGGUGAUGCUGCUGAGUAUACGGUAGAUGGUCUACGCAAAGAAAUGAGAGAAGGGCGACGAGGUCAAUGGACGACAUAUGAGAGUGAGUGCUACAUUUAA